AAAAGAAGAGUGGCUCGACGAAGCGAAGCCUUCUGCGUUCAGCGCAAGACGAACUCCCACAAUACCGUCGUCGCGUGUCCUACGACUACAACCGGCCGGAAACAACGAGAACAUGAAACGAGGCAGCCCAAGUUAUGAGGAUAUAUCGCAUGCAGUCAGCGGUUCACCCCCGUCAAGACAGCCCUCGUCGCAAGACAAAGAUAUGCGAUCGAUCCAGAAGGCGCCAAAGCUUGGACCUCAAGCUCCCGAAGAAAAGAGUUCACCCACUCCUGGGUGUACUCCAGCCUCGCAACCAUCUUCACUGCCGACGAAGAAAGUCCGAGCAAUAAAGAAAAAAAGGGAGGCGGAAGCGCGGACUCCUAAACCGAAGAGCUUGCCGCCGACGGCCAGCAGUACCAAGAAGACUGGUGCAUCCUCGCCGGAGCCCAAGCCAACUGAGGCGCGUGAGAAUGUUCCGAAGAUUAAGCCACCGAGUCAUCGCAGUAAGAAGAAACAUUUCGCUGCUAGCCCUAACCAAACUCGAGGAUCGUCCCCGCCGCUGACGGAACGAGUACAGUCGACGAAGAGGAGGCCCGAGAUGGGGAUUGAGGUUGGAAACGACGAGCGAACACCAGUGGCCGCCAGCAGUUUUCAGACGGCCGGACCUUCCACGCCUCUGUCCAAAGGAAUGCAAGCCAGACAGGAGAGCCCGGAGGUCGAGCCACAGGUCCUGGAAGGGGAUGAACAGUCGACGAAGAGGAGGCCGGAGAUGGGGACUAUGGUUGGAAGCGACGAGCGAACACCAAUGGCCGCCAGCAGUUUUCAGGUGGCCGGACCUUCCAGGCCUAUGUCCGAAGGAAUGCAAGCCAGACAGGAGAGCCCGGAGGUCGAGCCACAGGUCCGGGAAGAUGAUGAACAGCCAUCAUGUGCAGCAGGCCCUCCUCGGUCGCAUUCAGCAUCUCCGGCGGCUCCGGCGUCUCCGGCGUACACCUUACCAGCGCGUGGGCGAGUGCCGGUCGCGGUGAGCGUCGUGAGUACGGCUGCGCUCGCCUUAGUUUUCGUCAUCUUUGCGCUGAUCUGGCUUGUGUCCGCGAACUUCUCCUUCGUCCGCUCAAAGAACACGACGGACGCGUCCUUCUGUUGCCCCAACGAAGCGGCCCAGCUGCAUGCCGUCAUCGAUGACACGGUGCCGCCCUGCAAGGACUUCUUCGCUUACGUCUGCAGGCGGGCCAUCCAGGACGGUGUCAUCGAGGGCGGGUUCGCCGUGGACACAUUGGACAGAAUCGCUGCCGACAUUAUCAAGGGCACCGGAAACUUUACUUCAGCAGCCGCGAGAGCGCUUCACGGAUAUUUCACGUCCUGCUUGAGCGAAGUGUGGCGAAAAGACCUACGCCAUGAACAGGUGACUUCCGCCAUCGUGGGCAUGGCUAAUGCUACGAGUGGCCGGAUGACGCCCGCCGACCUUCUGCGCUUCGCACUGAAUGUGCAAUUUCGGUACCACAUCAACUUCUUCUUCGGUGUCGUCUUCAGCGUGGAUUCUGUCGAGUUUGAAUGGAACUUCAUGCGGGCUAUCACCUUCCUGUACUACUGCAGAGACGGUUGUUUCGAGGCUGCUCUUUCGGGUGUCAAUGCUCAUUUGAAAACAAAUUACACUCGACAGGAUAUCGUCGACUGGCAGCAACUUCUUCCGCACCAGAGCGAUGCUGGGGAGCCCGGGAACAUCACGACCAAAGAGCUCCUCGAAGCCUUCGGGGGCCUGGACGUUUCUCUGUUCGAGGCCAUCAUGAAAGAGAUGUAUCCGGAUUUCAGCCUCAAGCACCCUAUAUAUUCAUCUGCCAAGCGGGCUCUUCUCGCAGAAAUUGGGGUCCUUUGGAAUGUCUCGGCUCAACCAAUGUCGCUUUGCUACAUUCUGACGUGCGUCGUAAUCAGCGCGACGAAAGAGGUCCAGGGGCGUGCGGUGCUAGAUUUCCCGACGUCACAGAUCUGGCAAGUAUGUACUAGCCUGUCGAGCCGAUUCACCGCACUGUGGCGCAGGACGUACGUGGGCGCCCUCACAAGCCCGGCAAAGGACGUCCGAAUGCGCUCCAUCUUCGCGGAAACAAGGAAGGCACUCCUGCUAUACGAGCCGCUACUGCAGCUCAUGAAGGCCGGUAACGACACGGGCAAAUUCGAGGCUUUCGUGCGAAACACGUCCCUGCUGCUUCCCAACGACGUCUUCCUUAGUGAAGUGCGCGUGCCCACACUACCGGAGCACGGUUUUGUGGACAACUACUUCCGAGCUCUGAGCUUCGAAUUUGACGUCAAGCGCGAAGCGUGGAUUCGGGGCGCGCGGUUCCACGAUGAAAACAUAGACUACGAACUGUGGAACCGCAUGGUGCUGGUGAGCGAGGACUUGUACGUGUCGCCAAUCGCGUACGCUCUCCUGAGCACCGUUAACGCCAGCCGCGCCUUGCUCGCCGACGCACCGGUGGUGGCGUCUCGAAUGGCAGCGUUGCUGUGGGAGAGAGUGGUUCAGCACCAGGGAUGGUCGUCGCGGACGCUGGCUGCAAUCGAGCACCACAGGCAGUGCAUGCUGAAGUCUUUUCGUGUCCACGCCGACGUAGCCGAGAUACUGCUGGAGAACUCCAUCGCCGUGCAAAUAGCUGCAGGCCUAGCCUCCGGGGCCACGGACAUUUCUACCAAAGGUUCACUCUUCGGCGCCGCACCUGAUUGGUUCGAAGUGAAGCCGCUCUGGAGCCUGUACAUGAGCUCCAAGGCGCGGUUUUUCUACGCUCGCUACGCAUAUUUCUGGUGCAUCAAAGACGAAUACGUUUCGAUCUACAUCAACGGACCGCUAAGACGCAGCGCGGACUUUGCAGCCGCUUUCAAUUGUCCGCCUUUUCAGGAAACCGCCGAUAGCAGUGCGUGCUGGAACUACAUGCGGUAGUCACUGGAUGUUCUUUUUUUUUUAACCGCCACUUUGCCGGUGGAGUGAUAUUCUUUUUUUUUUAUUUUUCCACAGUUAACGCCAUUACUUGUUGGCGAUGAUCUGAAUCAUGAAUCCGAGACGAGGAACUGUAUUUACGGACAAAUUUAUUUAUCGCCUUUUUCUCACUGUUUGGUUCUCUAAGGAGGGCGUGAUUUAUUUUUAUUUUUUUUUUGUUUUGGCAACUUAGUCUGUGUGUCUAAUUCACGCAACUUAAAUGUUGGUGUCAGUAUAUUUGUGCGGUC